AUGGCAACACCCGUGAACCCUUCAGCUGAUUCAAACCCCACCCAAAUAGUGAAAUAUGAUCCAAAGUCUGAAACUGUGAAGUUACUAAAUGGAUUGGUUUCUGUGGCAGGUGUCACAGUGGUGACGGGGGGAGCAGAGCUGUCCUGUGGCUCCUGUAUGUUGGCCUUUGGGGUUUGGGGCACUCUGGUUGGUUUGAGUGUUGUGUUGGUGGGUUUGUGGGAUCAUCUGGAGUACAAGAACAGUGGUCUGUCACACCUUCUGGCUCUUGGAUUGGUACUGCUACUCAGCAGUUUGGGUCUGAUGGCUGUGACCUUCACCAUCCAUUUCUUAAUGAAAAAGAGAAGAAUGAAGGCCAGGAGAGAGAGGGCAGAAGCAAAUCUAGUGUUAGUUAAUGAGUAUGCAGACGUUAUUUUAAAAAGAGUCACGGUGUAA